AUGGCAGACUCGGGAGCCGGCGUAGCAGAGGUCGGGGCGCAAUCCCAAGACCAUGCUCUCGCGUCGGCCGUGCCCGGGAAUCCCAACACGAACGCACACACCAUCGCUUCUCCCGUGACGGAGACGGGGACCCCUGGGCCAUUAACUGCUAUUCAGGGGGAAGGCCGAGAUAUCACCCAGGGCAGAGGAGGAAAUGGAGAAGGAGGAGGAGAGCUUCCAGCGGCGUUCCCCAAGAAACGUCGCGGCCGUCCUCCCGGUCGUCCAAAUAGGACAGUCAAGGACGGUGACUACCAGGACAACCCGCUGGUCAAGGCAUGGAACGCGGCCAAGGAGGAGCAGCCCCUGCCGGCUGUCGCCAUCCGAAUUAAGGACGCCCUGACUGCAGACUCUCUCGUUCACGAUACCCAGCGGGCCAUCUUUAACGACUGUCCCACCCGCGAGUACAUCUACUUUGUCACCGGAUGGAUCACGGCCCGCCACAUUGCCUCUCAGCGGCCUAGUUACGUCAACGGUCUGCUCAUUCACUCACGCGGCAUAGAUGCCCCGGAGCAGUGCACCCACUGUGCUGAUCGCCGCACCAAAAAUGCCUUGGGUCCUUUUAUAGUCUGUCGGAUCUUGCCAGGGAGUUUCCAUAACAGCUGUUCGAACUGCAAGUGGUUCGACAACACGUCAGCCUGCUCGCUGUAUACGGGCCCUACCCCCAACCGGAAGCGCAAGGCUAAGGCCAUCUCUGCGGGACCAGAAGCCGGGGAGAGCAGUAACAUCAACGGGACUCCUGUUGUCGGAGCUGAUCAGCAACAGCAUGCUGCCCCAGACCAGACGGAGAUGGCUCACCAGAACGCCCAGUUUACGGGCAUGCAAUUAGGCAUGAGAACGGCUGUCCCAGUGGCGGAUAUGGAGGGAACUCAGGACCUCCAAGGAAUUGGCCAUCCCCACGAGAUGCAGCAGCAUGAUGCAGUGGAAGAGUCUCAGGGCGGUCAGCUAUCAGCCGAGGAGGAGGGUGACGAUGAUGACGACGACGACGACGAAGACGAAGAGUAG